AACAGAUGUUUGCAAACGUUUCUCUGAGUCGACCACCAAUAGGUACCAGCCACUCAAAUCCACUUGUAAGUGGCUCUUAUGCUGGUACGCCGCUUCGGAAGGAACAGGGGUCAUUUCCUGCACCUCAAGGUGCAUGUCAGAGUAUGCGUGAGGUCCUCAUGCGACCUCUCAACCGGAUCGACACUCUGUCUCAGGCUCUUCUGCGCUCUCUUGCCCCUUCACAAUCUAGCGUCGCAAAACCUCCUGCUGCACCUCCUAUAUCUGCAUUUAUCGAAACAGAUCAGGCGUUAGCGUCCGCGGUCAACAUGGCAAAGGUGCACCAAGAAAAACAAAGGGAGAUCGAUGCUCUCACACAGGAAAUCCUCGAGCUAGAGCGGGACCUGAGGGAUAAAAUACGAUUCCUUGUUAAUGGGAGAAAUGCACUCGGCGAGAUCUUACGGGAAAGUGAAGAGAGUCUCGAAGCGAUUGACCAGGCUGCGAAGGGGUCGGUACCGUACGACGUGAUUCUAGGUUAUGCAUCGAACAUUGCUAAUUUCACGUCUGCUCCGCCGACGAUGGAGCUGCCAUCUCCAAAUACCCAAAUGUCUGUUUCAGCAAUGUCAACGUUUAGACCCCCUUUCCCGACAGAGGAAAUGAUGCGCAGAGGGAAAAUGAACGAAGAACCGCCUCUGGGGUCUUUAGGCGAGACGACGGAGAUCGGAGCAGUUGCACCUUCUAUCGUUUCUACAAACGCAUACCAGGAAGGUGAUUUAGCUGUUCCUGGUCCUGGUCUUGCCACGCAAUACUCUACCUACGCCAGUCGGCACCGUACAACACAGGAUAGUGCACCCGCCGGUGACCUUUUCGAUUUGGAUCUCAAUCCCGACUUCUGAAGAUCCUUUGGCUGCACCCAGACACCGGACUGAUUGACAUGAAAAGAGCGGCGCAGUCCUUUAGUGUUCCCAACAAUAAAGAUAUUCCGGCUGGGCCGGCUUGAUCGAACAUCUCGAUGAAACGAUGUUGCUGAAAUACAAUUGUGUAAUAACGGGGUAAAAAUAGGAUACAGCAGAGUGGACAUGAUUCCGAUAUAACUAAAGAAUAAUCUAUUGUGUUUAUCCUCGACUGUUCAGCCAGUCCCUCACUCCAGAACGUGAGCUUAGCAAAGCCCAGUACUGAGCUAAGCCUUCGUCUAGGCCCAUCUUCUCCCCCAUUUCGAUUGCUGCUUCAGCGGCCCUUCGAGUAUCGUCUGGAGGGUCGAGCUCUGCUCCUCGAAAGAAGAGACGGUCAGCAGCUGCAGACGGUGU